CACUCCACGUGGUACCGAGAACCAGCUGAAGGCACUGAAAAGGCUAUAGGCCCUGACAACAUUUCAGCAAUAAUACUGAAGUUGUCUGCUCUCGAACUUGCUGUGUCCCUAGCCAAGCUAUUCCAGUACAGCUAUAACAUUGGCAUCUACCCGCCAAUGUGGAAACUUGCCCAGGUUUCAUUAUUUUGAGAGAGAGAAAGAAACCAGGUUCUAGUAUAAGCAAGAAACAAAACUGUUGGCCAUGGUAACACUCGUCCAAACUCUUAUGGAUCAUACUGAUGAUGUUAAUUGCUGUGCUUUCUCUUCCACUUACCUGGCUUCCUGUUCAUUGGACAAAACAAUACGCCUUUAUUUAUUGAAGGAUUUCUCUGAGCUCCCUUUCUCGCCACUAAAAGGCCAUAGCUAUGGUGUACAUUCCUGUUGCUUUAGCUCUUGUGGGAAGUUUCUAGCUUCAAGUUCAACUGAUGGGAUGACUAUUCUUUGGAAUCCCCAGUCUGGGGAGAAGUUGGCAACAUUGAAACAGCCCAGUGAAAGUCCAGUAAGGGUUUGCAAAUUCUCUCAUGAUUCCAAUUAUUUGAUAUCUGGUGCAGCUGAUGGUACUGUGGCAUUAUGGAAUGUUCGCUUGAAGAAACUUCGCAGGACAGGCGCUGUUGAGGAUGGAUCAGUAAUUGCCUGUGACUUUUCUCCUGAUGGUAACUACUUUGUAACUGGCUCAACAUCCGGAGAGCUGACUGUUUGGGAUUGCCAAAUGAAGUGCCGCCUUAAUGUGAAAACAGCUCAUGAUCUGGGAGUCACCUGCUGUGAGUUUUCACCUCAGCCAAUCAGUGGUGACAUGGAUAAUUCAGGAUCACAGUGCUUUCUGAUGGCUUCUUGUGGACAGGACAACAAAAUAAACUUUUGGGUUAUGUCUCAAGAAGGUGCAGCAGGCUGUGAACUUAGAAUGAGAUGUUCGUUAAACCGUCACACGGCACCUGUUUUGGCAUGUUGCUUUUCACCAGAUGGGCAGAUCUUAGUCUCCGGGUCUGUUGACAAGUCUAUAAUAAUUUGGAAUUCGAGCAGUGGAGCACCACUUUACAGAUUGACACAGCAUGAAAGGUAUGUGACAGCUUGUGCAUUUGCACGCAAUGCCCCCUUAAUUGCAACUGGCUCAAUGGAUAAAACUGUGAAUAUUUGGAAAUUUGGAUCAGGAAACAGUUCUGAUAAUGAUUUGAAUGGGAAGUUUAAAUGCUCUGUUCAGCACUGGUCAGAAGAUGAGGUGUGUUCUUGGCUUUCAGCAGAAGAGCUGCAGGAAUUAGUAGCUGUUUUCAAAUCUAACAAUAUUGAUGGCCAGGAAUUGUUGAAUCUUACUAAAGAAAACCUUGAGAAUGAUCUGAAAGUUGGGUCACUUGGCCUGCGUAACAAAGUACUGCGAAAAAUUGAAGAGCUAAAAGCCAAACUUGAAUCCAUUUGUAUUGGUGUACCAGAUGAAUUCCUCUGCCCAAUAUCCAGGGAAAUAAUGACUGAUCCAGUGAUUGCUUCAGAUGGCUAUUCGUACGAAAGAGAAGCAAUUGAGAGCUGGAUUAAUACUAAAAAACGUACAAGUCCGAUGACAAAUAAGCCAUUGGAAUCAUCUUUAAUAACACCCAACAGAACACUUAAAAUGGCCAUUGAUCGCUGGAUAGAAGCCCAGCAAGUACUACAAAUGCCAGCAAACCAAGACUGCAAUUAAAAUGUGAAAUAUUUGGACUUGUAAAGUGGUAACUCGGAUGAAAAUAAGAAAAUGCAGAAACAUGCUAAACAGGUGCUCAGAGGAGAAGAACUAGAAAAAAAAAGCAUAGCAACAGAGGCUAAACACAACAGCAAGAGGAAUGACAAAGAUGAAGUAAAAAUCCUAAAAAUUGCAAAUAGCCUUAAGUUUUGGUUUUAAGCCUAAGUCCUAGUAUGUUAUGAAGGAAAAAUCAGUAACUUGAAAUUUUCAACUUGCAAAAGGAAUGUCUAUAGGUAAGUAAGAUAGUGGAAACAAGAUAAAUCUAUAAUAUUAUUUUACAUCAAAUAGAGUAGAAUAAGAGGACAUAGGUUCAAAGCUAGUAAAAGGUACAAUAGAUGUCAGGAAAAUUACUUACACACAGAUCAAA